AUGCCUCCAGCUGGCGCGCAACCUAGAAAGCCGGCGGCUCCUUCGGCGGCGAAUAAGGAAGCCAACGAAUAUAUCCCCUCCUUCAUCUCGAAGAAGCCCUUCUACAUCGGCGAAGACGACCAGAACGAUUACCUCGAGCAUCAACGUCUACAAAAAGCCCAAGAAGAGAACUCGAAAUGGUACGACCGAGGGAAAAAAGCUGGUCCAGCCGCGACCAAAUUCCGCAAAGGCGCAUGCGAAAAUUGCGGUGCUAUGACACAUAAGACCAAAGAAUGCUUGAGCAGACCCAGAGCCAAAGGCGCGAAGUGGACGGGCAAGGAUAUCCAGGCUGAUGAGAUCAUUCAGGAUGUCAAUAUGGGUUGGGAUGCGAAGAGAGAUCGGUGGAAUGGCUACGAUUCCCGGGAGUACAAGGCCGUGACGGACGAGUAUGCUGAACUGGAGGAACUGAAGAAUGCGCAAAUGAAGAAGAGCGAAGAGGACGAUGAUGAUGAGGAUGGAGCCAAGUAUGCGGAGGAGUCGGACAUGGGGAGACAGCAAAAGACAUCUACGAAGCAGCUCCGCAUUCGAGAAGACACGGCCAAGUAUCUUCUCAAUCUGGAUCUGGAUUCGGCCAAGUACGACCCAAAGACGAGAUCUAUGGUGGAUAGUGGAGCGACAGCAGAUACCGCUGCGGCUUUAGUCGCCGAAGAGGGCUUUAUGAGAGCUUCGGGAGAUGCUGCGGAGUUUGAGAAAGCGCAGAAGUAUGCUUGGGAGUCUCAGGAGAAAGCUGGCGACACGAAGCUACAUUUACAGGCAAACCCUACCUCUGGAGAAUACUACCGCAAGAAGGAGAAGGAGGAAGCAGAGGUCAAAAGGCAAGCGCAUAAGAAGAUGCUGCUGGAGAAGUAUGGGGGUGAGGUCAACCCAAACGCCUCCAGACUACGAGACGCUGCCGUUAUGGAGUCCGAGAAAUACAUCGAGUAUGACGAUUCGGGUGCUAUCAAGGGAGCUCCAAAAGCUUCUUCAAAGUCAAAGUACGCAGAAGAUGUCUUGAUUAAUAACCACACAUCUGUAUGGGGAAGCUGGUGGUCAAAUUUCAAGUGGGGGUACUCUUGCUGUCACUCUGUGAUCAAGAACAGUUUCUGUACUGGCGAUGAAGGCAAAAAGGCCUUCGAAGAAGCGGACAUGCUUCGAACUGGAGGGGCCUUUGGAGGAGAAUCGGCGCCUGUGGAGAAGAUCGAGUGGCAGGAACAUGAGAGCGAGACCAUAGAGAAGCGGAACGACGAAUCUACAAGCUCGAUACUGGCGAAGAAGAGAACGGCCGAGGAAAUGAAGGGAGAUGUCACGGAAGAGGAUAUGGAGAAUUACAGGCGGAAGCGGACGGCUGCAAAUGAUCCCAUGGCGGCGUUCUUGGGGAAGGAUGACCUAUUACCAUAA